AUGGGAUGCCGCUUGUCAAAGAGUUCCAGCGACGAACAGCUUCAGUUCCAAAAGCAGCCAUUAAAAGCCGGUUUCACCACGCCGUCUGCGACAUCUCAGAGUCUUCAGUCGUCUCGCUCAGAAGCCUCUGGUGCUGCAAAUGGUCAAACUGUUGGCUGUGGAACUCGAGAAUCGCCAUCGCCAACACAAGAUCGCCUAUCUUCGUCUCAGUCAACCAGGUACGCACCAUCUGACAUUGACAGUUGA